AUGACAAAAAAUAAUUCUAUAAUUAUAAAUAAAUCGACAGCGCCAAAACCUUCAAUACCUUUCACUAUAUUACCAAGUCCUUUUCAAACUGUAAUUGUGAUCAGUGCAGCACAACAUCAACAAGCCAUACAAAAAGUAAACGAACUUGAUAGUGAAAUCAGAAAUGCUGGAGUAAAUUUGGUGCUUAUUCAAGAAGUUAGCAAGAAGCAAAAGGUUGAUUAUUCAACUAUUAUUUCAGAAUUGAUUCCUUUAUAUGGAAAAAUCAAUCGAUUAAUUCCAUUAUAUUAUAUUGUAACAAAGAAUAACGAUACGGCAGCAAGAAAUCUCAUAAAAAUAUCUUAUCCAACAACAAAUUAUAUCAUUACCUGA